UAGCUUUUUGCUCUCCACGACAGUUAUGCCUUGUUUUUGAGUGGGUGGGUUUCUCAAUCUCGGAAUUAUUUGAUCGCAUAUUCCUCUGUUUUAUAGCGACCUCGUCUUUGUUUACGAGUAUGCUCCACGCGUGAAAGAUAUUGCCAGGUUUAUUUUUACUUCGGCGUUUUUUUUUUUUUGCGGCUGCAUUAUUUUCGUCACAAUGCAAGUCAGAGUUCAAGUUGACCUCCCAUUUUUGCUUGCAAGUGUGCUGCAGAGAGCAAAGGGAGAUCAUUGUCAGUUUUGCACUGUUGGGCAACAUAAGGACGAAGUGCCAUCUUAAUUUGGACCAUACACACCUCUGGAGUUCCAGCAAUUUGCUCCAGUUUCACUGUGAAGGUAAUCUUUUCUUGAAGUUGUUCAGGUGGCACUGCUUGUCUCAAUCUGAGGGGACGUGGAAACUAGCCGCUGUUUUCCUCAAUCCCUUCCUUGCUGGCAGAAGAGUUCCUUUGUUACAGUACCUCCAUCACUCCACAGUGGAUCUUCAAAAUGAUCUCAGCUCAAGAACCCCGAUUUCAGAUCCUGAUCACUUCGGUCUACUUAUUUUCUCUGUUCAUUGGCAAUGCAACGGCCGACGUGCCGAAGCAGGACGACUUCAAUGCAGAGGCGUGGCUUCGUCAGUUUGGCUACCUGUCCCAAGCCAGCAGGCAAAUGUCCACUAUGCAGUCAGCCCAGAUCCUGUCCCAAGCAAUAAGUGACAUGCAGCGUUUCUACGGCUUGGAGGUGACCGGCAAGUCAGAUGCCGCCACUGUCACGGCCAUGCGUCGACCUCGAUGUGGUCUGCCAGACAAAAAAGCCGAUCUGGAUGAUGGCAUGAGAAGGAGACGCUACGCUGUUACUGGACAACGGUGGGACAAGGACCACAUCUCCUACAGUAUAUUGGACCAGCACAUCCCGCACUCCCUGGGAGCGCAGAAGACCUAUGAUGCGAUCCGCAGAGCGUUUGACGUGUGGCAAACGGCCACUGCGCUGACCUUCCAAGAACUACCGGCUCAGCAUGGCAACAGCAGCCAGGCUCAGCUCGCGGACAUCCUGUUGUUGUUUGCCUCUGGUUUCCAUGGCGACAUGUCCUUGUUUGAUGGCGAGGGGGGCUCACUGGCCCAUGCCUUCUACCCCGGGCCUGCAAUGGGCGGGGAUACACACUUUGAUGCGGAUGAGCCUUGGACUUUGGACAGUCCAAACCACCAAGGUAUUGACCUCUUCCUUGUUGCGGUGCACGAGCUUGGUCAUGCUUUAGGUCUGGAGCACUCUGACAACCCCAACGCCAUUAUGGCUCCUUUCUACCAGUGGAUUCACACGCACACCUUCACACUGCACGAGGAUGACAUCCAGGGAAUACAGCACAUAUAUGGUCCCCCUCGCAUCACUGAUGCUCCUUCCACCUCUGGUGGUGAUCCGGAACGUGCAAUACUCACCUCCCCUUCUCCCCCGGAAGACGAACCCACCCAUCCUCCUCCGACUGAUGCCGAACCGAAGAUCCCGAGCACAACUAAAGGAAGCGCACAUGUCACGCACAAACCCGAACCAACCUUUGCCCCGAUCACGCAUGCCGUAAUCCCUACCACCUCCCAUCCUGAUCCCGAAUUCACGCCACCCUUCAGAAAAGACGUGCCCCGCCCUCCACCUACUCGCCGCCCUCCCAAGCAGCCGGAUAACAAGGCCCCUGAUAUCUGUGAUGGGGACUUUGACACUGUGACCCUUCUAAGGGGGGAGAUGUUUGUGUUCAAGGGUCGAUGGUUUUGGCGUGUGCGUAGGAACCGGGUCCUGGACAACUAUCCCAUGCCGAUAUCUGUCUUUUGGGCUGGUCUUCCCGACAACAUUGAUGCAGCUUAUGAACGCCAUGAUGGCAAAUUUGUCUUCUUUAAAGAUGAUCAAUACUGGGUGUUCAGGGAAGCGGAUGUAUUGCCAGGAUACCCGCAGCCCAUUCGGGAAUACGGUCAAGGAGUUCCGGCUCACGGCAUCGACACAGCGGUUUGGUGGGAGCCAAACGGAUACACCUACUUUUUCUCUGAUGACCGAUACUGGAGAUUCAAUGAGGAGACCCGUAAAGCGGACAGAGACUUCCCAAAACCAAUCAGUAGAUGGGGAAAGAUCCCUCCCUCACCGAAAGGAGCCUUCCUCAGUGAUGAUGGCGCAUACACCUAUUUCUACAAAGGCACCAGUUACUGGCGGUUUGACAACCACAAGACAGUAGCAGACAAAGGCUACCCGCGCUCCAUCCUCAAGGAUUUCAUGGGCUGUGUGGGCAUCCCGGAGCCUCCGCCAGACCCAGAUAUCCAGCCCAAAGCUGAGGAUAAACCCGCAAAGCCUUCAGACAGAGGAGAUGAGGAACGCAAAGAUGUGGACCGUGGGAAAGAUGACGAAACUGCACCCGAAAAAGAUGACGACGACCCAGAAGUAGAUGAGGAUGACAAAGAUGUGAACGUGGUGGUGACGGUGGCAGACAAUGGAUCCAAGGUCAUGACCUUGAUCAUGGUGGUGGUGCCUCUGGUGCUCAUCCUGUGUAUCCUGGUCCUUAUCUUUGCCAUCCUCAGGACUCUGCAGAACAAAGAGACCCCCAGGGCUCUGGUGCACUGCAAGCGUUCACUGCAGGACUGGGUGUGAGGCAAACAAUUUUUUUUCUGUACUAUUUUGGUAGGAAGAUUGUUUUAUGCAGGGCUAUUUAGCCAUGCAUAAUAACGAACAACCUGUGAGGUGGUUACAAUAGUGCCUGUGGAGCUAGUUCACAAUUUUAUCGUGCCUUUGUACUCUUCAUUAAAUCCCUUUUCCCUUUUCAGCUGCCAUAGCCUUAGUGUGAAAGACACAUGGCGCAAUAGCAAUUGACUGUUUUCAAUCAUUUGUUGCGAUACAGAGAUUCGGUCAGUGUUGUCAAAUGUUUUUCGCAAUGAUCACAGAUCUUUUUACGGACAGACAUUUGCACUUGUUGUUUCCCUACUUUGUUGUUGUUUUGCUGCUGUCGCUUCCUUGCCGAUGUCUUUGUGUGCGUGCGCAUGCAUGCAAAAGCAUUCCCAAGUGCACGCACACGAGCCGGGUCGUCCUCCGAGCAGCGCAGGAAUGUUAGACAACACAUGCCCAAACAUCACAUGAUCUCAAAUGCCUCUGAAGAGAGAAGACACGUUUAGAGACCACUUACACAGGCACAUAAUACAGGUCACGUUUUUUUGCACACAGACUCCCGGGCUGCAGCCUCCACUCCUCCCACCAAGAUCAUUUUUUAGACUCCACCACUAAAGGAACAAUUUCAGCUGAGUUCUACUGUAGCAUCGUAUGUGCCGAGGCUGCAUUGCGAAUCACUUUGUGGUAUUUAAUAAAUCACUCCUUUUCUCUAACUUAAAGCAAAGGGGAAUUCUGCAGCCAUUACAAUUCAGUGUUCCGUGUGUGAUGAAUAAAGAACAAAAGGCUUUGGUUUCCAUUUGGCCAACAUGCUGCAGAUUUAGUCGUGUCAAGGCAUGAAGAAGGGAGAGAGAAAUGUAAAAGAAGAAAUACAAAUGUUGAGGAGGAAAUGAGAGAGAAUGAGAUGAGGGUGAAGGGUCGGCCAGAUUCUUUUCCUUGGAAUAGGAGGCGUGAGGGAAGGAAAGAAAGAAAGAAGGAGGAGCAGCGCUGGCGUUGUGCCUCUUGACCUACAUGAUUCAAAUCCCACUCCUCUUUUUUCCAGUUUGUUGCCAUUAGCAGGAGAUGACUUCCUCUCCCAACUCCUCCCUUCCUCUUCCAUCUUUCUGUCCACUUUUCUGCAAAUUCUCAGUCUCACGCUACUUUUUUUGUCCCACAUGUACUCAUUUUCAGAUUUUGUUCUUCCCUGUGAAAAGCCAAAAAUCACUGACUCCACUCAUUCACAUUUGCUUUCCGUGGAUUCUUCCCUACGCAUUGAUUUUUUUUCUUCUUUUUUUUUUUUAACAAAAAAUGUGUAGUGUUGUACGUAUGACCAGUUUUAUAUUCCAAAUGUGUUCAUGCAUGCAGAGCAUGUUGUGUGUUGGGGCCUGCACACUCCUGUGUGGACUUUGUUCGAAAAUUGACAAUAAAAUUCACUGGUAAAAACAGAA